AUGGCAACACCACAAAAGACUCCCACUAUCAAAGUGACCAAGCAACCACCACCUUUGAAGGCCCCGCCGCCAGUAUGGAAACAAUUUUCAAACUUCACAAACGCUCAUCCGCUGGGCAUCGAGAAGACGCUCCGCUUUAUUCAGGCCGUCUGCACAAUUCUAUCUUCUAGUAUUUUCAUUUCGUACAUACCCAACUCCGUGUACGCCGUCAAAUCUGCUUCAGUAAAGAAUCAGAUAGGUCUUGCUCGGAGAUACCUCCGCUUCUUCAAAUUCAUUGACUGCUUCGACGCGGGCUACAAGGCAUGGCUCGUCCCCGCGCCACUUGAAUCAGAUGCCGUCAAGAAGAUUGCGUCUGUCGGGAAAUGGUCUUUUCUGGGCGUGUAUUUCUUUAUGGAGAACUUGACUAUUUUGGAUGCAAUGGGUAUCUGGGUAACACCCUGGGCCCAGGAUGUCUUUCUUGAGUGCCAUAAAUGGUGGUUCUUUGGCCUUGCAUUGAGUGUUAUGGGUUCCACUAUUAAUAUUUUCUUUCCUGCUUCCGAGCCAGCCGCUCCUUCAUCAACGUCUGAAAAGAAACCUGCUACAGAGAAGAAGGAGAAGAAGCCUGAUUUGACGCCACUCGUCAAGAGUCUUAUUGUUGAUGCGUGUGAUAUUGUGAUCCCGGGCAGUGUGCUAGGAUGGAUUCCGGCUUCGUCGACGCAGGUCGGUAUUGUGAUGAUUAUUAGUACGUUGAUUGCUUCGGGGGAUAUUUGGGCGCAGGCGAAUAAGUGA